UUCACAGGUUGACGGUGUUGUACCAACCAGCUCAACUGAGACACCCGGAAGGCACCAAAGUCAAUUUGAGGGAGCAACAUGAACCGCUUUAAGACCUCCAAAUAUAAAAACACCACUCCGAAAAUUGCCAAGAAAGAUGAGUGGAUCAACAAUGUCCGUGCUGGCUCCUUCUCCUGCCAGGGGAACCACAUCCAGGCAAGCUCCAAGCUGGUGGCUUUCAACUCUGAGCAGGCUGGAGGCGGCAUGCUGGGCCUGUCUUCAGUCAGACCUGGUUCAGACGGCCAGUGGACAGUCACACACAUUUCCUGCCAUUCUGAUCUGGUGACUGAUAUGGACUUUUCUCCCUUCGAUGAGAGUCUCCUGGUAACAUGCUCUGCAGAUGAAACGGUGAAGCUGUGGCGUCUGUGUGAUCCGGAGCUGGAGCAGUCCGGCACGCCGGAGCUGACCCUGCGUCCAGGCCAGGGCAGGCUGGAGCUGGUCCACUUCCACCCAACCUCCUCUGGCCUGCUGGCUGUCGGCUCUGCCAGGUCUCCUCUGAUUUGGGAUGUCAGCUCUCAGGACGCACCGCUCGCAGUCUUGGAGCCACACGGUGACCAGGUACAAAGUUUGAGCUGGAAACGGGACGGCUCUCUGCUCGCUACCUCCUGCAAGGACAAGAUGCUGCGAGUGUUCGAUCCCCGAGCCCAGCUGACACCGGUUCAGAGCGCCAAGUGUCUUCAGAACAACAAGGAUUCACGUGUGCUGUGGACCAAAGAUGAACUUUUAUUGACCACCGGCUUUGACAUGAUGCGUAAUCGCGAGCUGAAGCUUUGGGACAGCAGGAAACUGAGCUCCUCCGUCAGCUCGCUGUCAAUCGGCACCUCCAGCGGCAUCCUGAUUCCUCUGUUUGAUGAAGACACUGGUUUGCUUCUGUUGUCUGGCAUGGGAGACACUGUCAUCGAUUGCUAUGAAAUCUCCUCCUCUGAGCCUUUACUCUCUCAAGUGAGCCACUGUCUGACGGACAGCUCGACGCGGGGGGUUGCCAUGCUGCCUAAGAUGGCGCUGGACGUCAUGUCCUGCGAAGUGGUGCGCUUGCUUCAGCUGACGGACAGCUGCAUUGUGCCAAUCAGCUACCAGGUCCCUCGCAAGCAUUCGGGCCAGGAGUUCCAUGACGACCUUUACCCGGACACGGUGGGCACGACGGCAGCCAUGACAGCUGAGGAGUGGUGGCAGGGAGGGAACCAGCAGGUGGAGAAAGUCAGUCUCAACCCCAACAAGAGGCCCAAAACAAAGGCGACGCCCGAGAAACCAGCUUCAGCCAAGAAGGGGCUGAUCAGUGGGGGGAGCAAGGAGGAUCAGGCUCGGGGCUGCUCCACCUCCAGCAGUCCUCUGAGCACCCCCAGCAGCAGCGCCGCCCCGUCCCGCUCGCCCUCCUCCACCUCCGGCCUGUCUUCAGGCUUCCUGCCCAGCCCCAGUCCCAGCCAGAGCGUCAAGGCCAUUCAGAGUCUGAUGGGGCCGACCUCCAAGUUCCGUCACAUCCAGGGCGUGGUGAUGCACCGCGACACACACAUCACCAACAUCCGCGGCCUGAACCUGACCACGCCGGGCGAGUGUGACGGUUUCUGCGCCAACCACCAGCGCGUGGCCGUGCCUCUCGCCAUCGCCGGAGGCCAGAUCGCCAUAGUUGAGCGCUCUCAGCCGGGCAGGCUCCCAGACACGGCGGUCCCCACCGUCCAGAACUCUGGCAAUGUGGCCGACUUUUGCUGGGACCCCUUUGACCCACGCCGACUUGCCGUGGCCGGGGAAGAUGCUAAGAUCCGGGUGUGGAAGGUGCCGGAAGGCGGGCUGAAGGGGACGCUGACAGAGCCUGAACUCAUCCUCCAAGGCCACACAGAGAAGAUCUACUCCGUUAAGUUUCACCCGUUGGCCAGUGGACUCCUGGUGUCUUCGUCCUACGACCUCAGCGUCAGGCUGUGGGACCUGGACAGAGGAGAGCAGGUCAAACUGCUCACUGGACACGAGGACCAGGUGUUCGGCAUGGCGUGGAGUCCAGACGGGAAGCUGCUGGCAACAGUUUGCAAGGAUGCGAAAGUUCGUAUCUAUGACCCUCGCAAGUCCACCGCUCCCGUACAGGAGGGAGCAGGUCCCGAAGGCCAUCGGGGGGCUCGGGUGGUCUGGGUGUGUGACGGCAAAUACCUGCUGGUGUCGGGAUUUGACAGCCUCAGUGAGCGAGGAAUCUACCUGUACUCCGCGGACUCCCUGUCCUCCGGCGCCAUCGCCAGCAUUCCCAUAAGCAUCUCCCCCUCGACGCUCAUCCCUUUCUACGACCCCGACACUGGCGUCGUCAUCCUCAGCGGAAAAGGUGAAAACAGAGUUUACAUUUACGAGAUCGUCCCUGAGGAGCCCUACUUUAUUGAAUGCAGCAGUUUCACCUCCUCUGAGCCUCACAAGGGGUUCGCCUUUCUGCGCAAGACCGAGUGCAACGUGCGCGACGUGGAGGUUGCAGUCGGACUGAUGCUCACCAAGACCACCAUAGAGCCAGUCGCUUUCAAAGUGCCAAGAGUCAAGAAAGAGUUCUUCCAGGACGAUGUGUACACCGACACUGCGAUGUGGUGGGAACCGGCUCUGACGGCCUCCGCCUGGCUCUCCGGCUCCAACGGCCAGCACAAAAAGAUGAGCCUGAAGCCCAAAGACAUGACGCCAGUGAGCGAGGCCCCCAAAGAGGCCCCAGUCAGGAAAUACCUGCCAUCCUCUGUUUACCUGGAGGAGAAGACAGACGAGCAGAAGAAGGAGGAGCUGCUGAGUGCCAUGGUGGCGAAACUGGGGAACAUGGACGACCCGCUCCCACAGGAGUCCUUUGAGGGAGUCGAUGAAGAUGAGUGGGCUAAAUAUCUGGCACAGAUCAUAGUGAUGGGAGCUCAGGUGGUGGGACGUGCGUUUGCCCGUGCACUACAGCAGGAGUUUGCAGCCAGUCAGGCAGCAGCCCGGGCCCGGGGUAGUGCUGGUCAGCAGUCGGCCGCCGCCUCCAGCAUCACCGGGAUGAGCCUGCAGGAGGCCCAGCAAAUCCUGAAUGUGACCAAACUCACGCCUGAGGAGAUUGAGAAGAACUAUGAGCACCUUUUCAAAGUGAACGACAAGUCAGUGGGCGGUUCCUUUUACCUGCAAUCAAAAGUGGUACGAGCAAAAGAGCGACUCGAUGAAGAGCUUAGUAUUCAAUCGCAAGAAAAUCCACAGUCACAGCAGAAAAAAGAAACAUGAAGAGAACAUCCUUCAUGCCCUUUCUAUCCUCUCCCCGUUCUCUGUAAAUUAUAACCCAAUUAAAAGCCCUUUCCUUUUCUCUAAAAAUGUCAUUUGUGGUUGAAUCUGACUGCAAAGCAGUUGUACAUUCAUAUCUUGUUUGUGUUCUCGACAUUAAGAUACACACUCUGUCCUUUCACUGCAUUGUAAGUGGGACAAAAUGAAAACACACGUAUCAAAUGCAACUUUAUUAAACAUUUUUUUUGUUUUCAUUGACAUUAUUAUCAAUAUCGUAAUAAAAUUCCUCUAAAACAGGAGAACACCGCUAUGUUGUACCAAUUGGAGACUUUUACAACUCUAAAAUUCUGCAUGUUCGACCUCAGAACAUGAUGCCAGGAAAAAAUAUAUUUUCAUAUAAUAUUUUUUUUUCAUAUAGUGUAUAACUUCUAUAUUUACCUAUAAUAAAAAGGCACUUGGAAAACUUAAAAUACUGACAUAUCUCACAAAUGUGCAAAAACAGAACUUGGAGCAGGCCUUGCGUGGCCUUCGUCUCAUCAUUAACCCUUUGUGCAACGCCGUGGCACUUCAGUCAAUGGCACCCCUUUAGAAACGACGCCGUCCCAGCUAGCUAACAAUUUCUGUGCCCUGGAUGUGAACCCCACUUUUUUUUUUUUCUUAAUGUGAAGUGAGGCUUACUUGGAAAAAUCUCCAGGAGCUCGUACCACUUUUUAGUCGUGAAAAAAGUAAAAGAUCAGACAUUUUAGCAACUGAGGAUGAUUUUUUUUUUUUCUUUUGAAAGAUUAUUCCUGGUUCCCAAAACAACAAAAUGUAUAAUGCUCUACACUGAGAAGUGAUGAGACAGCAUCCCCAUAUCUACACAUGCUAUGAAGGGGAGGGAGAAAGUGCAGUUUAUUACAGGCUGAGCUCAAAGGGUUAAUGGAUCAAACAGCUUAUUUAAUAUUGAAAACGAUGUGGACCCCGCGAGGGUCCGUGUCGGGUUGCUCAGGUUUCUGCUGCCACGCCGAGUCUCUGUCCCUGGCUUCGACCAGCAGAGGAGAGACAGACAUUCGGGAUGUGAGGGAGGGAGGGAGAGGAGGAAGAAGAGGAGGAGAGCCGCCACAUCCAUGGGUUUCACUGUUGCCAUGGAAACCGUGUCUAGCCUACUUAACACCUGUUUCUGGUGACAUCACGUUGCGGGAUCGUCCACUCACAGCGAGGGACUCGAUUCGGUACCCGACCUGAACCCGGAGACAGGGCCACCGGAGUGUGUGAGGAGGAGGAGGAGGAUGAUGGUCUUGUCUGAGAUAAUAAAGACUCAGAAUUACUGAGGCAGAAAAAAAAGGUACGAUCUUCAUCUCUGCUGUGAAUCCUGGCGGCGCUGCGGGCAGCCUGACAGCACUACCUCACACAGGGAGGGGCAAAAUACGGGAUUGUUUGCAGCGAAUAUGGCUUGUUAGACUGCCCAGAUCUGCUAAAAGGCUUUGCGAUGGGGGAGCUGAGCCUUUUGGGUUUAAUCUAGAAAAAAAAAAAAAGUUGUGAGGAGGGGAAAAAAAAAAAUCCAGAGGGCAGACAGAGUUCAGUGGCCUAGUUUUCUGCAGGCUGGUAUGCUUGUGAGUGGCUGCCACACUGGGCACAGCACAGCCACUGACUUCAGAGCCGCGAGGGCCGAUUGGCGGGUCGGCGGCCAGAUGGAGGGCGGCUGCACCGCGCAGCAAUCCGCUGCCUCUCCUCCUCCACUGGCACUCAGCCUCACCUCUCAUCUCGUCCCUGUCCCCUGUCCAUUCAUUUAUCUAUUCAGCCAAGGCUGCUGCUUCCUUUUUUUUUUUUUUUUUUUUAUCUCUCACA